AUGAGUAUCCAAGAGCUUUACGAGAACCCUAAUGUCUCUCGCCUAGAGGAGAAGUUCUCCGUGACAAAGAAGCUGGACACUGAGUUUGAAGGUAACUACCCUUUGGAGUUCUUCAGAGAAGGUGCUAGAGGUGUCUAUGGUGGUGAAUUUGCAGCCCAGACGUUGCUGGCUGCUUACGACUCAGUCGAUGACCCAGACUUCUCACCUCACUCAUUGCAUUCAUACUUCCUCAAGGCAGGCUCCAAUGAGUCCAAGAUGAGGUAUGAGGUUGAAAAUACUUCUCAAGGAAGAAACUACUGUUCCCGUUUGGUCAGAGUCUUCCAGCAGCACACUGGCCAGCUUUGUUACAUUAUGAUUGUGUCUUUUGUGCGCAACAACUCCAUUGACAAGAGAAAGAGAGAGUUUGCUCAGCUUGACGAAGACAAGAAGUACCACCCAAGAACCAAGAUUCCAUUGGAAUUCACCAGCAGUCCACAUCCAUGGUUUGACAAGUAUGUCGACCGUCUUGACGAACUUCCCUCGUUCGAGCACACCAAUGGUAACUUGCUUACGGUGCUUCCUCCAGAAGUAUUAAGAAAUAACCCUAAGGAAGAUGAGCUCUCGCUUGAGAUUCCAUACCGUCGUUAUGGUGGAUUUUUCAAAGUCAAUGACAGAUUAAACUUGGCAAAAAACCCUGACAAACAAAGACACAUUGACCUUGCGUUUGGCUCUGAUUCGUAUUUCUUGGUCACCAUGGUGAGAGCGCUUGGUAUCCCAUUGAUGUCCAAGGGAGCCUUGGAUUUCUUCAGAGUGUCGUUGGACCACACAGUUUACUUCCACGAUAACGACUUUGAUCCUACGGACUAUAUGUUCAUGGACUACAACUUUGAGCGGUUGUCAAACGACAGAGUGUUGUGCUCUGUUAGAAUCUAUGCUCGUAACAGAAAACACAUUGCAACGGUUACGCAAGAGGCACUCACAUAUGUGCCACUCGUGUUGGCUGACAAGUCCAAGGGCGCCACGUACAAGCUCUAA